UUAUUCAUGCAGUAUAAAAUGAAAUCAUUCUACAAGGCAUACUACCAAGCGGAUAUUGACUACGAACGAUGUGAGGUGAAAAAACUUUACGAUUCCGAAAGCUUAGACCAACGCUUCUUUUGGUAUCUGAUACAACAAAGUAGGAAACAAUCAAAUACAUCUGAUCGAAUCAAAAAUGGCGUAAUAUUCAGUAACCAAGAAGACGUGUGCGAAGUUUGGCGAACGCAUUUCAAAACACUGGCAACACAAUUGGAAAGCAAUAUGUUCGACAAUAAUUUCAAAAUUGAUGUGAAAAUGACAUAGAGCAAUUUAGAUAGAGAUCCUAUGAUGAGCCAGACGAUUUUCUGGAUGAAAAGUUAUCCUAUGCGG